GUUUGAUUACCAUGAGGGGCGAAGUUCUUCAUCGAGUAUAUCUGUCUGUCUGCUGUGACGUUGUAUCUCUCUCUCAGUCCAGGUCGGCCUUGGCUGCCACCCCCUAAAGGAUCUAAAUAGUGUCGACGAUGGCGUGAAAAGUCAACAAUUACAAUUUCUUUUCAGGGCUCUGACGAUGAACAAGAUCAUCCGACUACCAGACUACGCCUUUCAGAACAACACGAACCUCAUACAACUGCGACUGGCGAACAACCAGAUAAAGGAGAUCGCUGACCAUGCUUUCUAUGGACUCUCGAAAAUGAAAUACUUGCAAAUUCACCAGAACAGCUUGAAGGAUAUGCCAACUGCCUUUUCUCAUCUAAUCUCCCUGGAUGAGCUAAACCUGGAGGACAACCGACUGGCCCACUUACCGGACAAAAGCUUUCAGUUUAAGGACAAACUGACCACCCUCAGACUUAGGAACAACCCGAUCAAGUCCAUAGGAGACAAAGUCUUCACCAACUUGCCGUCUCUGCUGGAGCUAAAACUCUCCGAGGUCCACGACAUGACCAAGUUCCCAGACUUGACCGGAACAAGGAACUUGACUGUCAUCCAGUUGGACAGAGCCAAGAUUCAGUCUCUGCCGCCAGACCUUUGCACAGAUCUGAGGAAACUCAAGACGUUUGACGUCCACUCCAACAAGAUCGGCAGUAUCCCCAAGAUGUCGGACUGCAAGAAUCUGACCAUCCUAAAUAUUGCAAACAACGAGCUGACCUCUCUGGACGGCCGUCUCUUUACUGGCAUGGAUCAACUCAAGGACCUCACUCUGAGCAUCAACUUCAUCCAUGACAUCUCGGAGGACGCCUUUGUAGGGUUGUCCAGCUUAGAAUAUCUAAAUCUUGCCGAGAACCAGAUCAGUGAAAUUCAUCCCGACGCUUUCAAGCCACUUAAAGCUUUGAAAGAUCUGUAAGUCAGUGUCUGUGUUAUUUCAAUUCUGCCUACAGCAAUGAAAAUUAUACCGAAGGCGGAAUUUGAGACUGAGAGGAAAGGGGAUGAAAAUAGUGGAAGGAGGAGAAGGAAAGGAAGAUAAGUGAAAGAGGGA